AUGUCAGAGAACCCAUCGGUUUUGCCACAGCACCACCGUAUCCCUUUGUCUAGAACGUCCGCGACUGCCAUAAAGACAGAGGGCUCGCCAUCUAAUAGUGGCUCUAGCUCGUCUUCUUCCCCUAUUACUGCUUCACCACAAGCUAAUUUUUUACCACCACAAACUACAACCACCACAACAAACGCAACAACUAAUACAUCAACUAAUACAACAACUAAUACAAAUACACACCACCGUUCAUCAUCACAACAACAACAACAACCACAACAAGAAGAGGUUGAACUGACUACUCACAAUAAACACACCACUCAACCAGGGCAGGAACAAACUUUACUGAGCACAACUUCUGAAUCAGCCUCUCGCCCUUUACAGCCACCUCGCAAACAUUCACAACAGCAACAACAGCAACAACAACAACAACAACAAUCACACAUGCUUCAACAACCUCAACAACCGCAGCAACCACAACAGCAACAGCAUCAACACCAGCACUCUCCACCAACUACAUAUACCACUACUCAUCUGAUUUCACAACAGUCACGUCCAAUCAAUAAUAACCAACAACAACAUCAACAACAACAACAACCUCAACCUCAACAACAACAACAACAACCUCAAGUUGCCAGGAAACUGUCCUUUGGAUUACAUUUUCUAAGUAACUUUAGUAUGCGCUCGCAAUCCGAUUCAUCCAAUUCUACUACGAGACAACAAGCACAGCAACAGCAACAACAACAACAACAACAACAACAGUCGAGGCUGAGAGCUUCUCUGCUGCUGAAUGUUCACACCGCCAGAAACACACAAACCACUCUGAAUGGUUUAAACGGUCAGCAUUCCCAGCUGCCUGCCCAGAUUACACAAUCUCAUCAACUGUACAUGCAGUCGUUAAACCAGCCACUAAUGUCGAAUAGUCCUACGCUUGGAAAUAUCAGCUCUUAUGCUGGUGGUACUGAGGAAGAGAAUCCACAAGGAGGUGUUUCAAGACCGAUAUUUGGAAACAGACUGAGGAGCGGUGGUGGUGGUGGUGGUUAUGGUGGUGGUUAUAGUGGUGGUCAUAUACAAGAGGAGGCUGAUACUACACUAGAGGCGAUGCCAGCACAAUUUGUCCCACCAGGGCCUAGUUCGUCUAAUGAAAGAAGUACAGAAGCCGUGCCACCAGUUGGUGGUGGAGUUAGUGAAUCUACACCGACGAAUGAGCAUGCAACUACAACUGUUGAUGUGGAGGAAAGUAGGGUUGGUACAUCGUCUGCAAAUGCUUUGGCAAAUGCUUCGGCGAAAGCACCGGCAAAUGCAACAACGGGAGGAGAGGAAAUCAAGAAUGGGAUGGACAAGGAUGGUCGUUUUUCUGUUCGGUUAACUCCGUUGAUUGACCAUUCUUCUUCUUCAGCAGGGUUGUACUUUUCCCCUGUUAUACGUAAGAUUAAGCCCAAGAAUGCAUUGAAUAUAGGGCGGUACACAGAAAAGAAUAAGGCUGCUGCACAUGCAGCACAAGGGUCAUCUGCGCCUAUUGUUUUCAAGUCGAAGGUUGUUUCCAGAACCCAUGCUUCUUUGGAAUGUAAUGAUGAAGGGCAGUGGUUUUUGAAGGAUUGCAAGAGUUCGCUGGGUACUUUUUUAAAUCAUAUUAGGUUGUCUCCAGCGUCGCAGGAGUCGACGUUGAUGCCGGUUAUUGAUGGCGAUAUCAUUCAGUUGGGUAUGAAUUAUCGAGGGGGUACUGAAGAGGUUUAUAGGUGUGUUAAGAUGAGGUGUGAGUUUAACAAGAGUUGGCAACGUAAAGUCAAUCAGUUUAAUUUGGAGAUACACAGAAAGUUUAAGAAUUUGCAUUUGAAUGGAGAUGGUGCUGGUGAGUCUAGUGAUUUGAGUAAUGGCCAAGGUGGUGCUUUUGUUGAUGCUAAUGGUGAUAUAAAUAAUAGCCAUGUCAACAACAACAAUAGUAACAACAAUAAUAGUGAGUGUGCUAUUUGUUUGAUGAAGGUGGAGCCGUGUCAGGCGUUGUUUAUUAGUCCUUGUUCGCAUUCGUGGCAUUACAAGUGUAUUAGGCCCAUUAUCAUCAAGAGUUAUCCGCAGUUUUAUUGUCCCAAUUGUCGAACAAUGUGUGAUUUAGAGACUGACUUGGAUGAUGAUGAUGACGAUGAUUGA